ACCAAAAAUACACGCAGAGACCACUCCCAUCAUUUCUAUAUACAGCCAAACACCGAGCUUUCCUCUUCCUACUCACUCCCUUUCUCCCACCGCUGCUGUACCUUGCCCAAACCUUCCAGUUCAUUUUCUUUCUCCCGCUUCCAUUCCUUCCCUCUCUUUCUCUCUCUGUUUUGUGGAGUGAAGGGACAUAGAGUAAAGGAGGAGGAUAUGAUGGGGAAAUAUAUGAGGAAAGCCAAACUCUCCGGCGAGGUGGCGGUCAUGGAGGUCGCCGCCCACCAGCCCUCGCUCGGCGUCCGCACCCGCGCCCGGGCCCUCGCAGCCGGGCAGGACUCCUCCCUCGCCUACCUCGAGCUCCGCAGCCGCCGCCUCGAGAAGCCUCUGCCGCCGGCUCCGGCAUCCAAGACGAAGGCCCCACCCAAGGAUACCCCCGAUUCCAGCCGUAACCCUAGGCUUAGCUCCCAGAAGGUGAGCCGUUCUCCGACGUCGAAUUCGGGGACGAGGAGGUGUUAUGAGAAGGGCGGGGAGGUGUCGCUCUGUGAGAACGUUCUCGAGGCCGAAUCGAGAGAAAGGGAGACAACACCUUGCAGUUUGACAAGGGACUCGGAAACAAUGGCAACUCCAAGAUCUAGCAACUCAAUUGUUGGUAACCAGAGAAUGCAGAAUCUGGUGCUUCAGAACAUCCCUACCGGUCACGAAAUGGAAGAGUUUUUUGUGGGGCUAGAGAAACUCCAGCAGCAAGCGUUCAUAGAAAAGUACAACUUUGAUCCCGUGAAUGACCUCCCACUCCCGGGCCGCUACGAAUGGGUCGAACUCGACCGCUAGAGAGGCGAAGAUCAUGCGGACGCAGCUGCUUCUUUUGCUCCUCCGGUGAUCUCUGCCCAGAAUUUUCAGCGUCUGGUGGGGGGGUGCAACGCCGACGGUUUCUGCCGACACAUUCUUUCAUGUUGUAAAAAUCCAGAGGUCCGAAAAAGAAGUUGAAGCUUAUUGUAACUGUUGACCAGACCGAUCCAGGGAUUGUAGGUUGGGGUGGGGGGGAUGUGUCACUCAUCGUUGUGGCUUCAGUAGCUGAUCGGAUUCAGAUUGUUCUAGUAUGGAGUUCAGCAUUGCUGCAUCGGAUUCGGAUUGUUCUAGUAGUGCACAAGGGCUUUGUGAUGGAUGCUAAUGGUUUGGGCACCGGGACUUGAUGCCUCGUUGAGUUCAGGGUUUUGGAUUUA